CUGCAAAGUUCCCCGGGAGUGUCCGAAUGGAGCCUCUGUGGCCGUGGGCAGUGCUGGCCCUGCUGGCUGCCCCACAGGUGCUGGGAGCACAGAGAACCUGCUCCCAGGGCGCCUGCUACCCUGCCCCCGGGGACCUGCUGCUGGGACGAGCCCCUGGCCUGACAGCCUCGUCCACCUGCGGCCUCAGCCGGCCUGAGACGUACUGCACACCCCAUGGAGAGUGGAGCAUGAAAUGCUGCAGGUGUGACUCGAGGCUGCCCCACAGCUACAACGGGCACCGCGUGGAGAACGUGCUGUCCUCGGCCGGCCGCGCGCGCUGGUGGCAGUCCCAGAACGGUGUGGAGCGUGUGUCCCUGCAGCUGGACCUGGAGCAGCUGUUCCAGCUGGACAGCGUCGUGCUGCACUUCAGGUCUCCGCCCGCAGCGAUGCUGAUCGAGCGCUCCGUGGACGCCGGCAGGACGUGGCAGGUGCUGCAGUACCUGGCCUCUGACUGUGCCACCGCCUUCCCCCGCGUGCCCCGCGGGCCCCCCGAGGGCUGGCAGGACCCCCGGUGCCAGGAGCUGCGGGGACACCCCGUGCACGGGGGCACGGUGAAAUUCAGUGUCCAAGACCUGGGGUCUACAAUCAGCUCCUCUUACAGCCAAGCCGUGGAGAAGCUGGGGCCCUUCACCAACCUGCGCAUCAACUUCACGGAGCUGCCCCACAUCCCACGCCAGGGCUACCACUCGCCCAGCACCUUCUACGCCGUGACGGAGAUGCAGGUGCUGGGGAGCUGCUUCUGCCACGGCCACGCCGAGCGCUGCAGCCCUGCAGGGAACCAGCACAGCACGGUCCCUGGGCACUGCGUGUGCCAGCACAACACGGCCGGGCCGCACUGCGAGCGCUGCGCUGCCCUGUUCAACGCCCGGCCCUGGGCGCCCGCCGAGGACAGCGACCCCCACGAGUGCCAGCGAUGUGACUGCAAUGGCCACUCGUCCUCGUGCCACUUUGACCCCGAGCUGUACCGGGCCAGCGGCGGGGCCAGCGGGGGGGUGUGUGACCACUGCCAGCACAACACCGAGGGCAACAACUGCGAGCGCUGCAGAGCCAGCUAUUUCCGUAACCCACGGAGGGAGCUGAGCCACCCCGAGGCCUGCCUGCCCUGUGAGUGUGACCCGGAUGGCACCGUGCCCGGCUCUGCCUGUGACCCGGGGACAGGGCGCUGUGUGUGCAAGGACAACGUGCAGGGGGACCGCUGCCACCUCUGCAAGCCGGGCUUUGCCCAGCUGGCCGCUGCCAACCCCGCUGGGUGCCGCAGAUGCACCUGCAAUGCCCUGGGGACGCGGCGGGACGCGGUGCCCUGUGACGGUGACACCGGGAGCUGCUUCUGCCUGCCCAACGUGGUGGGCAGCGACUGCGGGCAGUGCGCGGCCGGGCACUGGGGGCUGGCCAGCGGGCAGGGCUGCCAGCCCUGUGCCUGCCACCCCCGGGGCUCCCACAGCCCCCACUGCAACCAGUUCACAGGCCAGUGCCCCUGCAGGGAUGGCUUCACAGGACAGACGUGCUCGGCCAUGGGGCAGCAGCAGUGCCCAGCCAGGCACUACUGGGAUGCACGGGAAGGGUGCACAGAGUGCGACUGCGACUUCCAGGGCACGGAGGAGCCGGGCUGUGACCGGGCCACGGGCCGGUGUCUGUGCCGGGCCGGGGUCGGUGGGCCCCGCUGUGACCAGUGCCAGCAGGGCCACUGCGGCUCCUACCCCGGCUGCCAGCUGUGCCACCCCUGCUUCCACACCUACCACGGGGACACGGAGCGCCUGCGCCAGCGCCAGGCCGGGCUGGCCAACGCCACAGCACUGCUGCCCCCGGGCACCGGCGGCUCCCAGCUCGGGGCCCGGCUCUCGCAGGCGCUGCAGAACCUGCAGCAGGCGCAGGGCAUCCUCGGGCACCCCCCUGGCACCCAGCAGGGCCUGGCCCAGGCGGGCAGCGCGCUCGCUGCCAUCAGGGAGCAGGUCCGAGGCAUAAACCCCGACCUUCAUUUCCUGGAUGACACCGCCUCGUUAUCCAGGGAGCUCAAAGCCCUCAACAGCAGCUUGAUUGUCACCAACUCCCAGUACCAGAGCAAGAAGACCCAGUUUGAAAGCAGCCGCAGCACGGACCUGGCAGGAGCCUUCCAGACCAUCCGCUCUGCCUACCAGAGCUCCAGCAGUGCCAGCAGCCGUGCCCAGGCUGCCCCGGGGCUGCUGGCCCAGGCCGGGGAGAGCCGCCGGAGCGCCGCGGGGCUGCAGCGGGACCUGGCUGGGGACACGGCCAAGCUGGUGGCCCUGCAGGGCCAGCUGGCCUCAGCCCCCGACCUCACCCCUGUCAUCAACCAGGUGUGCGGAGGGGCCCGGGCGGAGCCGUGCACCCCUGCCCGCUGCCAGGGGCUGCUGUGCCCUCAGGACAACAGCUCUGCCUGUGGGGCUGGCCAGCCCUGCCACGGCCUCUUCCCGCUGGCCAGCGGCGCCCUGGCUGCGGCCGGACAAGCGGCCAAGGAGUUCAGCAGCCUGAGCGCCCGGCUCCAGGACACGGCACAGCUGAUCAGGAGCACGGAGCUGUCGGCGAGCCAGAUCCAGAGCAGCACGCGGCGGCUGGCGGAGCAGCUGGCGGUGACCAGGACGCAGAUCCAGGGGGACGUGCGGCGCCUGCGGCAGCUCCUGCAGCGCCUGCGAGCCUUCCUGGCAGACAAGGACACGGACCCUGCCUCUGUCCAGGAAAUCAGCGAGUCAGUUCUGUCCCUGCGCCUCCCCACGGACGCUGCUGCGGUCCGGAGGAGAAUGACCGAGAUCCAGAGGCUGGCGGCGGCGCUGCAGUGCCCCGAGGACAUCCUUGCCCAGACGGCCGAGGACACGGCCAGGGCCAAGAGGCUGCAGCAGGAGGCAGAGCAGGCCAGGAACCGUGCGAACGCCGUGGAGGGCAGCGUGGAGGAGGUGCUGGGGACCCUGCAGAGAGCCAACAGCGUGCUGCUGGAGGCCCGGGGGGCUCUCAGGGGCUCGGGCUCCUCGCUGCGCUUCAUCCAGGAGCGCCUGGAGGAGAUCGAGGCUGUCCUGGGGCCAGCUGAGCAGAACGUGGUGGCCAUGGGGGCCGGGCUGGCCGGGCUGGCCGAGCAGCUCUCGCAGCUGCAGCAGCGCACGGAGCAGAACCGCCUGCGGGCUGGGGACACGCGGGACACGGCGGGGACAGCGGCACAGCGGGCUAGUGCUGCCCAGGAGGCUUUUGGCCGGGUGAAGGAGCUGUACUCGGAGCUGCAGAGCAGGAUGGGGCAGGGCCCUGCGCUGGGCGAGCAGGGCAGGAGGGUGCAGAACAUCAGCCAGGAGGCGCAGGCUCUGCUGCAGGACACCAUGGGCAUCAUGCUCAGGAUGCAAACUUUAGAGUCGGAAAUUCAGGAGGGCAACGAGGCUCUGGUGUCCAGGAUGUCGCGGCUGUCGGGGCUGGAGGAGCAGGUGGGGAGGAUCCGCGACAGCAUCAAGAGCAAAGUCGCCUACUACGAGAGCUGCUCCUGAGCAGCCCUGCCCCUCUGCACGCCCUGACUGCUGCAGGCCCCCCCACUGCCCACUGCAGCUCUCCUGUGACCAAUAUCCUGAUUUUCAGCAAGCUAAUUUUCCAUACCUCUGGAAAAGAGCUGCACUGACCCACAGGAGCAGCCCCGUGGAGUUGGACUGGCCAAAGCUGCCCAGUGGUUGGAGGAAAAAGGGGGAGAGAAUCAGGCUCCCAUGGCAAAUAAACACAUCCACAGGUUAUUUCCAGAGGGCUCUAUAAACCAGGACAUUAUUUUUUUUUCUUCUUUUAGCCAAUUCAAGCUCUUUAAGCUGAAUUUCACUGUUCAAAUUAAAGCCCUCCUGUGGGGUCUUCUCAAGCUU